AGCUAAUGUAGCGGUUAGCUUCACCGCUGCUGCCUUGGUUUGUGCGUCACAUGCUAGCAAGAUCAAUUUAGCUAAAUGAGUGGCAGCUGCUAACCCUGAUAGACAGACAGACAAACCGCAGCCAAACAUGGCAGCUGACAUUACGACAUUUGUUUUCCUGUUGCUGCUUCAUCUUAAGUGUGAAGCCGGUGUUGCUACAAAACGAACUCUGGCAACAGAUUUGGGCGCCACACAUGACAACUCGCUGCUUUGUCUGGAGGAGAACAUGUCUGUUUAUAUAUCAAAGGAGAAGUUCCCAGAUCUUCCCCUCAGUAUUUAUGUUGGAGAUGAACGCGGGGGCUUUUACCAGGCUGCUGUAAUUGCAAAACAGUGCCACUACUUCCUGAGUGAAGGCGAUACUUUCGUUAACUUCGUCGUUUCCUACCACGGAUGUUUUGUGAGGAGACACAAGUACAACACAGUUCUGACUGUUGUUAUCAUGGCAUCGGCAGGAAGAGGAAGAUUUGAAAUAGUGAAGUCUUUCCUACUCAUCUGUAAAAGGAAAAAUAAAGAAGCAAACACUGUGAAUGAUUUAUCGAUGCCAAGACAGUAUUUCUGCAGCAAGGAUGGCUUUAAUAUUACCAUUACCCAGAAUGCCACAGUCCCACCGCUGAACUUGGAUGCUCUUUGGAUCCCCCUCAGUCUGAACCACAACUGUAAUCCUCCAAGAAGAUCUGGUGAUUCUGUCACCUUCCAGUUUCCAUUCACAGACUGUGGCACUCAGUUUAAGACUGCAAAUGGGAUUAUAACCUACUCAGUUGACAUAGAGGUCAAACAGCGGCACCAGCAGAAUGGCUCUAUAUUUCGGGACACGCCAUUUUACCUCACUGUGCAGUGUAGCUUUGCGUCGUCCCAAAAGACUCAACUGGGAGUUCAGGUUCAAGGACAAACGUUUGAGUUCUCAUCGACACUGAAGAACAAUGGAACGCUCAGAACAGAAAUGAGGUUUGCCAAAGAUUCUUCGUACAGCUCUUUCUACUCAUCACACCAGUCGCACACGGUCAUUGAGCUCGGUCAGCCUGUGUAUGUGGAGGUCUUUGUGGUCAAACAUAAGGACAAGGACUUGGUUCUACUGCUGGAUGACUGCUGGGCCACAAGAACCAGAAACCCUGACGACCUGCAGCGAUGGAGUCUUCUGAAGAAAGGGUGUCCUUUCACUGCUGACAGCCACACGACUGUUGUUUUGCCUGUGGUUCCUAAUAAAGAGCUGACGUUCCCUUCCCUUCACAAACGGUUCAUAGUCCAGAUGUUCUCAUUUGUAAAUUCCUCAGCAUCUGAAAACCAGGUUUAUUUCCACUGUGAUGUUGUAACCUGUAAAAAACCAGACUGCUUCCAUUCCUGCAAUAAUGGUGGACAUAAAACAAAAAGAAUCCCACCAGGAACAAGAUGGAUGCUGUCUAGGGGAGUCGUUUUUGGUGGCCCUCUUUAUUUAAAAAGAAAACAUGGAAGAACAUGGAGGGAACAAUGACAAUGAAAAGGAAAAAUCUAUCAAUAAAAUCCAAGUGUUGUAAAUUGGAAAUAUCAAUAAAACAAAACCACUAAAAAUUGUUCAAGAUGUGGUUUUAAUAUAAAUAUAUUUCUGCAUAAUUUUCGCACUUGGGUAUUAAAUUUAAAAACAUGGAAUAUCAUAUGUUGUUUUAUUUUUAAAGACCUUGUCAGACAACAAACAAAUCCACCUUGAAAUAAUUGUUUGAGUGAAAUAUCUCGACUCUUAAAAGAACAUUUUCAACUAAGUAGAGUCAGUUAUGUGGUGCAAAAAAAUUAUUUAUUUCCUUUUGUACAAAAAAAUGUUUUAAUUCAAUUGAUUUUUAUCGAUAUGAUGAGACUUUGGCAAUACAACAA